CAAUGUAUAGAUACAUCUCAGAAUAAGGAUUCAAAACACCAGCUAUAAUCAACUCCCUAAAAAUAUUUGUCAGAGAUUUCAAAGAUGUUUCAUCUAUUUCAGCAACUAAAUUGAAUUCAGAAGAAAUUACAUCAGCCCUUGAAAUUCAUUCUUUAUAAUGGCAUCCAACUAAAGACUCAACAAAAAUUCAUAAAGAAUUUAAGUUUAAUUCAUUCAAAGAGACAUUUGCAUUUAUGGGAUCCAUUUCAACAGUUGCAGAAGAAAUGCAUCGUAAUUUAUUUAUUCUAAAUAUAUAUUAGAUUAUCCAAAGUGGACAUAAAAAGAAAAUGUUGUAAAUGUAGAGAUUUCAACAAAUGAAUGCUCAGGCAUUUCAGUAAAAGACAUACUUUUGGCAUAUACAAUGGAUUAAUUGGCAAUGGAAAUUACUAAUACUUAAAUUAUAUCUGUAUGUGACAGUCCAAAAGUUGUUGAUUCUCAAAUACUAAAUACUUGGAAUUAGAACUUUUAGAAAACCGAAGAUAUUCUAUAAAAUCUUUAAAGGAAUACUGCUCAACUUUGA